AUGGCGCAGCUCCAAACCCCCCCUUCCGCCGCUCAUGUGCUCGCCAAUGCGUCAUCCGCCCCGGCACCGCAGACUGCGGAUAAAGAAGCGCUACUCGCCCGCCUCGACGCGCUGCUCGAGCAGUAUCUACACGCGCUCGCGCAGUACGAGGUGCUUACGCAGCAGCUGGGGCGGGGGAUGGGGUCUGGCUUCCUCGCGCUCGCACAAGCAAACUUCCACAGCCGCGGACCCCGGUACGGACGGGAUUCGUACGACGGACGCGUGCAGGCUGUGCGGCGAGUGGCUGUUACUGCGACUACGACUGCGACUGGGAGUGAGAGUGAGAGUGGGAGGGAGGGCGGGACUGGGGCAGGCAGCACCGAGACGGUGCGGUUCGAUGCGUUCUCGACGCUGGCGCCGCGCGCAAGACAACGCGGUGAGGAUGGGGAUGGCGUGGGGGAGGGUGCCGCGGUGGAAUCUCACAGCACGCUGGAAACUGCGCAGAGUGCGGCGCCAGAUACCUCGUCCACUACAGACCCGCACACCACAGACCCCCCCACCGCACCACCCAACCCGCCUCACACCACCGACACCGCCACAGACACAGACACAGACACCACCCCGCCCGCCCCCACAGACCCCCUCCGCAUGUUCGGCGUCCUCGUCCCGCCCGCGCUGCGCACCGCACAAGCGCACUUCGCGGCCGCCGUCGAGGGCCCGGUGGUGGGCCUUGCUUCUGUGGCUGCGCAGCUGCGGGCGCUGGAGAGGGAGAUUGGGAGGGUGCGGAAGGGGGUUAGGCGGGCGUGA